AGUCUCGCAAUUCACAUCACACGCAAAUUUAAUGAGGCCUGCACGCACCUGCACAACCAACUGGUUUACCAAGUGUCUGGUACUAACGGUUCAACAAACGAACCAGUGAAAUGAUCUCUGGGUGCCAUAUAACUGUGCUAGGUGAUUUUCUGGCAUCUUCUUUGACAUCUUCCCAUUGUCCACGUAGCUACGAUCAGAUCGCAGUUGGGCGAGCAAUCGCGUCGGGCUGUUGUACCGGCUGGCGAUAAGAUAAGAAAGGGCGCUAUCAGCGAUGGCGAUAUGCACUUUUACGCCUGGAGAUGCACAUGUCGCAGUCCAUAACCUCAGUCAGCCAGACGCUGCCAUGGCCCCUGUCGCAACUCUCAACGCCGCAAAGAAGCGCAAACAGCCAGACGAACAGUCAUCUCAAGCGUCAGCCGUACCGAAACGUCACUGUGCAGAGAAGCCCCCGUCCCAACCAGCAGACCUCUCCCGAGUCCACGAGAGCAUCGCCCUGGAGCUUAGACCGAAAUACAAUGUCCUCACAACCUCAAUCAUUACUUCAGCGAAGAUACGAAAAAGAAUCGCGUCGACCAAUAAGCAUCUGCUCGACCGGGACAAUGGCGUCGUCUUGCUACACGCUCGACAGUCGGAGGUUGGCAAGCUCAUCACAGUGGCGGAACAUUGCAAGCGGAUUUUGAAAGAGCAGGGCAGAUCAGUGUACCAGUACAAUCAGCUUUUCGAGGUGCCGGAAGCUUUGCAGAAGGUGAAGAAGCCCGACAUUGUGGAAAAGACCGUGCUGGAAGACGAAGACGAGGACGGGGACGGGGACGCAGAGGAUGAUUACUUCGAGACAAUGCAGAGCCGCUUUGAGAAAGCGAUUCUUCCGCCAGCGCCGAAGAGCUUACCCCGGUCCAUGAGAGUCUUUCUCUCGCUGUCUCCGGUCCCCGAGCUAAAAGGGAAAACCAACGUGACGCUACAGCUUACUGAAGCAUGAUGACCCGGAAGAUGGAAGUUUGUCUGAUGGAUACUUCUGAAUGGACUGGCAAUAUGGGCACCGCGGCGUUCGAAUUCAGUUAUGAUAUGAUGAAUGAUACCCCAAUGUUGAGCUAUACACCAUU